AGCUGCACCAAUAGGUACUCCGACUCCGCGGGAUCCCUUUGAGAAGACGCCAUAGUUGCGCAUGGGUUUGGCUGAUAGACGUUGAACAGCGCUUAGCGCUUCAAACUCUCCUUUCUGGUGCCCUUCCUCUGCGCGGGGCGGAGCAAAGGAGAAGCUUGGGAUCCCUUGGAAGCCGGAAAGUGGGCCUGUGCUACUUUAUGGACUUUCCGUGGGUUGCUACGCCACAGACAUGGUGAUGCACUAUGCUUGACAAAUGAUUGCUUUCUGAAAGAAUUGCAGAGGCAACUUGCAUAGGAAACUUGGAUUGUUACCAUCCCAGAAGAACAGAAAAGGAAAGAGCAUGAAGAGAUACAGAGACAUCUCAAUCACCCAGUGUGAUCCACAACCUAAAAACUCAAUGGAGGGGAAGACCUUGGUCAUUGAAGCAGAAGAAACAUCUGAUAAAUUGGAACCCCACAUCAGCCACUCACCUUCACCUUUACAACCUCAUCCUGCAUUGCAAAAGCCUCAAAAGGAUGCCUCUGAGAUGUGUUUGCAAGGCCUGGUACAUCUUAACAAGGACGGAGAGAGUUCAUCCAACUCAGAUGAUGUCUGCUUUGUUUCCUCUUGGAACGAGUCCAUUCUUAUUGAAGACGGCUCUCAGGCACUGGAGAAUGCUCCUGAGUCAUGUGUGACGUUCCCAUCCCAUCUAAAGUCAGAAGGAAAGAGAUCCUCAACAUCAGAUGAUGCCCGCUUUGUUUGCUGUCUGGGAGAAUCCAUUCUUAUUGAAGAUGACGAAAGCUCAACCCUACACCAGUGUGAUGCACAACCUGCGUACUCUUUGGAGGAAAAGACCCUGGCCAAGAAGUCCGAUGAAACAUCUGAUGAAAUGGAUUGCCACCUCGGCCACUCAGAUUCACAUGUGUCCCCUAUUUCUGAAAUAUCUAAGGCGCUGGAGAAUGCUUCUGAGUCAUGUGCGACAUUCUCAUCCCAUCCUAAGUCAGAAGAAUAUUUCUCCAACUCUGAUGUUGACUGCUUUGUUUCUUCUCUGAGUGAUUCCAUUGCUGUGGAAACAAAAGAAAUCUGCAAAUCAAAAAAAGAGGCCCUGUGUAUCCAGUCUAGGAAGAUACCUCUACUCCAGGAUCUGAAGCAACAUCAGACUCCCUACCCGACCCAGUGCCGCUGCUUUAAUUUCCAUUUGGCUCAUGAGCCCUGCACACCAGAAACACAUAUGAGGAAGGAGAGGCUCAUGAAAGUCUAUUACACGAGAGUCCAGAGGAAAAGAAAUGCCAGCGUUGUCUGCUACACUCCAGAUGAACUUGUGCCUCCCGGAAAGAGAUCAAAAAUUGAAGAUGUAGCUUUUCCUGUCAAGAUUCGUGCAGAUCCCAGCUUUUGCUAUCAGUCUUCAGAGUAUCUUGUAACUGAUGACUCCACGUACAGUGUGGAAGACAAAGAACAGGAUCAGGAGGCUUCCAGCUGCCAGGCAGUGUUGUCAGCUGCAGAAGAGAAUUUGCAGGCGAGGGCCAGCACACCUGAGUGGCCGGUGACCCCCGAGAGAGGAUUCAAGUGCAUGGCCUGCUGCCAAGUCUUCUCCAGCCUGGGGGACCUUGUAGACCAUGUGAAGCAUGGGGUCAAGGGGGACUUUAGUUGCCAGGUUUUCCAUCUUGCCUUCACCUGGCUCGAAAGCAAGAGGCACAUGAUGGAGAAGAGGAACAAAAGAAAGAAGUCCACCAGGAAGACAUCUGGAUACAAGGAGAAAUAGCUAGAUAGGCAGAAAUCCCCACACUAGUAAUCUAGUCCCUUACCAGCCCCCAUUAGCGAGCAGCCACACCCUCCUGAGACAGCCUAUCAGCACUAAGAAGCCCUAGUCCCCCUGUUAUCUCCACACUCCCACCAACAGUUAUCAGAAGACUCCUUAGAGUGGGAUCCAUUCCUCUCCACAGGUAAAAGAGAGCCAAUUUUUUGAGGAGUAUGAAUGGAAAGAGACAAGUAAGAAACCCCAAUUACUCCAAGACCCGUAUUGAGUAGAUGACUUUGCUCAAUCCUCUGGGAAAAAUUUUCCACGGUAUUCACUAGGAACCCUUAAGUGCAGACUUUUUCCUUAAAUAUAAGCAACUACAUAAGAGGGACACAGGGCUUUUCUCUCCUGUCCUGGAUCAUGGCUGGUUGCUUUUAUUUAUGAUUUGCCUUCUAGAGGACUCUCAUGACCACUUUAGGAAAUUUAAAUAAAUCUUACAUCUUACUCUCUUUCUUACAGCAUCAAAUUUUCAUGCCCCAAGUGACCGCCUGCGAAGUAUUAAGUGUAGCAUAGAGUUUUUGCAAGGUCUGGUUCAUAUCCAAGGUUAUAUCACUAACUCAUGGACACAUCAAGUGCCCUCCUUCUAUUUUCAGCAGAUCACUUAAGCAGUGUUUCAUAUAAAUUGUCCUCAGUUUACCAAACCCUGCAGGAGAUUUUGAGAGUGACUGAGAGCAAUAAGACAAGCUUCCAACAUUUCCUGAAUUGAUUGUCUCACAGCCGGGCAGGCACAGGGCCUGAAUUCAGGUGUCCAGUGUAAUGCAGCAUUC